AGUUCUGAGAGAGGAGCAAAAAAGGGUGUCCUGAGCUCAUCGGCUCCCAAGUAGCUACCGAAUCACCGGGAAACUGGGGACCUCCCGUCUCACGGCAGCGCGGAAUAUCGAUAUAGAAGCAAGCAAUGGAUCUGUCUCUUUUGGCUGUGAUUUGUGCAUUUAUGCUGGGCUGUAUCGGCCACUCAUCGGCUGCUGAUAGGAAAAAAAUGUCUCCAGAAAACUUGUUGGUGAUCACAGCCGCCACAGAGGAAACAGAUGGCUUCAAACGAUUCAUGAGAACUGCCAGAGAGUUCAAUUAUACUGUGAAGGUGCUUGGCCUGGGUGAGGAGUGGAAAGGAGGUGAUGUGGCGCGCACUGUAGGUGGAGGUCAAAAGGUGCGCUGGCUGAAGAAUGAACUCCAGAAGCAUGCCGACAAAGAGGACCUCAUCAUCAUGUUUGUGGACAGUUAUGAUGUGAUCUUUGCAAGUGGGCCUAAGGAGCUGCUGCAGAAGUUCUCCCAGCUGGGUCACAGGGUGGUGUUCUCCGCCGAGGGCUUCUGCUGGCCUGACCAGCGCCUGGCCCCUAAAUACCCGCCUGUCCUCAAUGGCAAGCGCUACCUCAACUCUGGAGGUUUCAUUGGCUAUGCUUCUGACCUCUAUAAUAUUGUGAAGCAGUGGAAGUUAAAAGAUAAUGAUGAUGACCAGUUGUUCUACACCAGGAUCUACCUCGACAAAGAACAAAGAACACGGUUUAACAUGACACUGGACCACCGCUCUCAUCUGAUUCAGAAUCUCAAUGGUGCCCUUGAGGAGGUGGUGCUGAAGUUUGAGAAAGCUCGUGUACGUGCUCGAAAUGUGGCCUAUGACACACUUCCUGUCAUCAUCCAUGGUAACGGACCAACUAAGUUGCAGCUGAACUACCUUGGUAACUACGUUCCGACUGCCUGGACAUAUGAGAAUGGUUGUGGAACCUGUGAUGAUGACCUCCUCUACUUCAAUGAUGUGCCGGAUGAAGAAAUGCCAAUAGUUCACAUCGGUGUGUUUAUCGAGCAGCCGACUCCAUUCAUGGAGGAGUUCCUUGAGCGUCUAGCCACCCUCAACUACCCACACUCACGCCUGCGUCUGUUCAUACACAAUAACGUGGUGCAUCAUGAGCGACACAUUGAGCAGUUCUGGGCCCGUCACCGUUCUCUGUUCCCCUCGGCAACCAUCAUUGGCCCAGAGGAGAACAUGCAGCAGGCUGUGGCCAGAACCCAGGCAGUGGAGGCCUGUAAGAAGGACCCCAGCUGUGACUACUACUUCAACAUCGACUCUGAGGUGGCUCUGAUCAACCCUGAUAUCCUGCGCAUCCUCAUCGAGGAAAACAAGCCUGUGAUUGCUCCCAUGCUGUCUCGCCACGGGAAGCUCUGGUCCAACUUCUGGGGCGCUCUGAGCCCGGAGGGUUUCUACUCACGCUCUGAGGACUACAUUGACAUCGUCCAGGGCAAACGAGUUGGUGUGUGGAACGUGCCUUACCUAACUCAGGUAUACCUGAUCCAGGGCUCCAUACUCCGCUCACGCCUCAAGGCAGUCAGCAUCUACCAGCAGGAUGGCACAGACCCAGACAUGGCCUUCUGCCGUUCUGUCCGAGACCAGGGGGUGUUCAUGUUUGUGUCAAAUAGAGAUGAGUUUGGGCGCCUCAUCUCCACCACCAAUUACAACACCACCCGGCUCCACCCAGACAUGUGGCAGAUCUUCGACAAUCCUGUGGACUGGAAGGAAAAGUACAUCCAUGAGAAUUAUUCAAAGAUCUUUGAGGAAGAUGAGAAAGUGGUGGAACAGCCGUGCCCAGAUGUGUACUGGUUUCCGGCAUUUUCUGAACGCAUGUGUGAUGAGCUGGUUGAGACCAUGGAGGACCAUGGUGAAUGGUCCAAUGGGAAUCACAAGGAUGAGCGUCUAAGUGGAGGCUAUGAAAACGUACCUACAGUAGACAUCCACAUGAACCAGAUCCAGUUUGAGAAGGAGUGGCUCAAGUUCCUCAAGGAGUACAUUGCCCCGGUCACUGAAAAACUUUACCCAGGCUACUUCCCAAAGGCUCAGGCGAUCAUGAACUUUGUUGUGCGGUACCGUCCAGAUGAGCAGCCUUUUCUGAGACCCCACCACGACUCCUCCACAUUCACCAUCAACAUCGCCCUCAACAGCAAGGGCAAAGACUACCAGGGUGGUGGCUGCCGGUUCCUGCGGUAUGACUGUAAGGUGGAGGCCCCGCGCAAGGGCUGGUCCUUCAUGCACCCUGGCCGGCUCACCCACUAUCACGAGGGCCUGCCCACCACGCAGGGCACACGCUACAUCAUGGUGUCCUUUGUAGACCCCUAACGGUUUGUGAUUGUGUAUGUGUGUGUUAGUCUUUUUUUGUUUGUGUUAAGGACUUCUUCAUGGUGUCAGUCAAAGACUUGCAAUAUCUUGUGUGUGUAUCAAUAUCUUUUGUGUGUGUAUGUGUGCGUGAUCAUGUGAAUGAGGGAGAUAUUUGCUACAUCAUGGUAUCCUUCAAUGACUCCAUAAACCUUCCCUGUAUGUCAGUGUGGUGUGUGUGUGUGCAUGUGUGUGUGCGUGUUAUCUUUUGUUUUAAGGGGCAUCUCUCUUACGUAUGGCUUUUCAUUCUUCUUCUUUAGUACCUGCCCUCCGGCAUUAACUAAUGAGCACCCUGGCUAUAUAGCCCAUCUGUAGAGGAGCCAGCCAAAACAAUCCACCAGACUCUAGAACAGAUCCAUCCCGGAGUUCUCUGUCACCUGGGGUGUUACGUUGGAAUAAUGUGCACACUGAAUGUAAAGUGAGUGUCAUCGGGCCAGAACUGUACAUGAUGACAGAUCACAGUGUGGAGGCAAAUUGAUUCAUUGUGGACAAGAGGCACAUUAAAAAAAAAAAACUAUAUUUCAGGCAGGCCUUUCCUUUUCCAAAGACCCACCUAAAAAUCCCUCUUUAGCUGUUAGCCAAAGAUUUUCAAUCCCCCUUGGAGCACUGCCAGUUUUUGGCUUGAUUUUGAUUUUUCAAAUGCUGCUUAUGCUGUUAUCAUUCCACAUGUACUCCCCCCUCCACCACCACUACCAGUCAUAUAGGGUAGCACAUGUGUGGCUCCAUGAGACCACAGUAGGGUACAAGUCUCGUCUAGAUGGAGGAUUUGGAUAUCCCUGCUGAAGAGAGUGCCAUACAUAUGCAAUACAUCUAUGCAGUACCACUGUGAUUCACUUUAUUGUUGUUUUUUGUACCUCUGACCACCUUUGUAGCACUGUAUAUGACCCACCCCAAUGCUUUACAGAAUAUUUUGAUAUUGUUAAAGGUAGUCAGCCAUUUUGGCAGAAGUUAGCCCUUAUGAAACUCAAGAAAUUCAAUGAGUAACACUCUCAUUCCACUCUCGUCCAGCUAAUGCAACUGUAUUUUCCAGCUAUAUAUUAUAUAACCAGAUAUUAACACAGGGCAACUUUGUAGUCCUUGUGAUCUACAUCACCUCAAUUUUGAGGAGGUGCACGUCAGCUGAUAGUGUGGGGCGUGAAAGGGAUUACACGGCAACACAGAUGCUCUGCAUAGCGACAGUGUCGAUUUGAUGGAGAAUCAUGAAUUGUAUUUUAGUUGGUGAUUGGCUGGAUUUUUAUUUUCAAAUACUAUAUCAUACGGUUGAAAAUUAGUAAGAUUUCACCAAAUGCUACAGAAAGUAUUCUGAAUAGAAAUUGCUGAUUUUAUCUUUAACGUGGGUUAGAUAUUACCUUUUUUAGCAGCUAUUAGGAUAGAAUUGGUGGCCGAAUGACUGACUUGAAAUGCUAGCCUCCACUGAGAAAAUGGGUCAGUAACUACCAAGGUCUUAUAUAUCUGUGACUAUAUUGUGGACAUCAUUGAGUCAUACCCUUGCUUUGUGAAGAAAUCAAGCCAUUUGUUGAAAUGAGAGCUGCCAUGUGUUCAAAUUAGAACCGGAUUGUGCAUAAUGUAACGGAGGUGAACUGAGCUAGCAUGCUAGUUGCGCGUGUAAAUCCUCACACCCCUAACCUUAAGAACGCUUCUAACCGCUGAGUUGGAUGCCUGGGCUUUUAGCUCAGUGGUUAGAGCGUUCGACUCCCAUGCCGGUGAGUGUUGAGGUGGCGGGUUCGAGGGCCAUGAGUGCCGGAUGAAUUACGACCUCUGUUACACAUAGUGAGUGCUUUUUGGAGCCAGAGCAUGCAUAUCACAAUAUCAGACAGGUCAGCCCAGAAUCUACUCAUAUUUUGUUUGAUCUGCUCUGUGCUUUGGUCCUGUCUAGUUGUUUCCCUUUCAGAAUAACUUCACAGUGUCCAUACAUUUUACCAUCAUUGACAUGACACUUGUUUAAGGGCCUUUCCUCUCCUUCAGCUGAAAACAGUAUCAUAACCUUUUGAUUUCAAGCAACUUUGGUAUAUGGAUCACCCAGUUGGCUACAUGGCUGUGGAAACAUUGAUCUACAACUGAGUGUGUCCUGGCAUAUCCUCUAACGCUACAAUGAGAGCCAAGUGUGUGCCUUGUGUUACCAUAAUGGCUGUGAUGUUCUAGAAAGUGUCAGUGGUUGUAUGUGGCUGGUUACUCUCAGUGUGUGUUGUUUGAGAUACAUGAAAAUCCAUGGCAGAUCAAUUGGUCAGCGUGUUUAUGAUCAUGAUUGAUGAGGCUGAUAGUCAUAAUGUAUACACUUAAACUGAUGUUUGAUAUUUUUUAACACUCCACAGUUGGAUGAUAAAUAUUGUCUGAAAUUUAUGAUGGAUGUUCUUUUUUAUUCUUAUUCUAUAUUUUGCUUCUAACCAAACAUCAUUAAAUAUCUGAAUAAAUAAGAAAGAAUAUUUUUAAAUGGGCUACAGUAGGAAAUGAGAAAGUAUUACAGUUUCACAACAACAAUGUGUUUUUUUAGAGUUUUUUGUGUUAGAAACAAACUUCUGCCUUGUUUGUGAUGUUACAUCUGCCUGUACAAAGUGCCAUUAAAUUAUUUUUCUUCUUGAAAAUAAAAAUUGACAUUUUGCUUGUA